AUGGAGAGUGGGGAAUCCGGCUAUAAAAAGAGCGACGCGAGACGGCUCAAAUCAGUUAUCCGCCAACAGACAAGCAAGCAAUAUCAAGAGUCAAGGAAGAAAAAAAAACGGAAUAGUGCCAUGGAAAGACAGAGCAGAAGCACGGAAAGGAAGCAGACGAAUACUGUGAAUCGAAGCAGAUCAUCGUCGUCGUCGUCUUCAAUAUCAUCCUCCAGUUCGAAUGCGGAGUCGCAAGUGACGUCAACCACUGGGUCUCCAAGCUCCACGGGGAGAUUCAAGGAAAGAUCGGAUACACCAAACCUCUUGCCGGACAUGCCUAUGCUCGAAAGCUUACUCACUAACGAGCAACAACUAGAGCGUAAAAAUGACAAAGUAAUAGAAAUCAUUACGCUGGAGGAGCCAGAACAACCCAAGACGGAAAGACAAGGAAGAGCAACCAGGCAGGCCACACUGAAAGUCCAAGACGCAGGCAACAAGCCUAGAAAAAUUGUGGUGGACUUCGACAACCUGGAAGAACAGAGAGUAACCAUCAGAGGGAAGGAAAGAAUGCCGCUACUGGAGCCACCAUUCAGCCGGAUCACGAGAGCGAAGUUCGGCAAACACGCGAAAGUUAGCUUAACAGAAAUGAGCCGGGAGGAACGGGGAAACUUGACUAAGGGAAUAGUCAGUCCGUUAACAAAAACAAUAGACGAGGUGGCCAGAGGAGAAGGAGUUAUCCCGACCAGCCGAAGCGAACAAAAUGUAAAGGCAGUAAAAGCAUCGGUGAAUGCGGCAGCAACAGUGACAUCAACGGCACAGCUCCAGGAAACACCCAACCCUGAGUCAAAGCCUUCCAAGCUGGAGUCGACCAAGAAGGAAGAACAACGAAUCAACAAGUCUACGCUGGAGCCAAAAUCGGGUAGUAAAGAGACCAAAGAAAAGGCUAAGUCGACAAAGAAAGAGGAGCGACAGGCGAGUAGACCAAAGACGGAGUCAUCUGCUGCUAGAAAAGAAGGAAAGCCAACCAACCUAGAAGCGCAGGAGAAAGCUGAACCGGCAGCUGCACCAAACAGAUCGAAUGACUUGAGAAACCCCCAAGUCAAAGAAGAGACUCAAAAGAGGGCUGACGAUAAAUCGACAGCCAUCCACAAUGACAAAACUAAGUCUAGCCGAGAACGCUCAAGAUCGCCGAAGAAAAGUCGACCAAGCCAAAGAACACGAGCAACACGAAGGCAUUAUACACCAACAAGGGGCAUACCAGCAACAUCAAGACGGUUGACUACUCCGGAGCGACGAGCACGGAGAGCUCUUUCUCGAUUCCGCUCGCCCAUCCGAAGAUGGGAUAGACAGAUGAUGGCAAGUAGUAGAUUUCACUAUUCGGGGAGAUCGACGACUUGCCGACAUCACAGGAGACGAGCGGAAAGUCCGAGACGGAUCAGUAGAAAAAUAAUCCCCGAAAUUGAGUCACCUUCAGAAGAAGAGAUAAAAACAAGCCAUCGAGACCCACGAAUCCCGAAUAAAGGAAUGAAGUGGGAGUUGAGAGCAAUCGACAUCAAAAUAGCGAAAGUAAUGGUAACACAGUCUACACAGACGGACAGAGAGGUCUGUGACCAAGGUACUCGAACGCUGAUAGAAUCACCAAAGAAACAACCGUUUGGGGAAAGGAUGGAUAUCGUAAACGUGCAAACACCACCGUACCCACCACCAACUCCGGGAAGAGAGGACGAGGUCGGAAGUGCGGAUAGUACACAUGAGGUACCAGCCAAAAAGGCCAGGAAGGAGAAGAGAAAAACAAAGAGAAGAGUGGUAAACGAAAACAGGACUAACCUACUGGAGUAG